GCUUUCCACAUAGGCACUUUGCUAGGUCUGGUUUGGUUUAGAUAAAGGGAACUGAGGUUCUUCAGGGAGGUCUGGCCACAAAUGGAGUUCUCUGUUGCUCCCACAGUGAUGGGUCCCACCACCACAAUGGUUCCAGCUGGGGAGCUUUGAUGACGCCAGCACAUCAUGUACAGCGUGGAAGAUCUCCUAAUUUCUCAUGGAUACAAACCCUCACGAGACCUCUCAAGACCACGCAAGGAUAAUCCCGAGGGGUGCCAGCAAACUGGGACAAGGCCCCAAGCGGGCCAUGGUCUGCUGAACGGAUAUGAGGAUGACCCUACAGCCUUUGCUCACAAUUGUACAUCCCUGGGGAAGGGACUUGUGAGUGACUCAGAGAGCAGCCGCAGCACGCCGAGAGGCCACGGGGAGCGCCAAAGUGCUUCUGCUUCUAAAACUGCUGAGGCGGGGUUUUACAGUCAACCCACCUUACCAUGGUUCUCACAGCCCCAGAUCAGAACCGACCACACCCACAGGAGAAGAGGACAGGAGGUCACUAGCUUGCUGGGUCUGAGGGACCGGGAAGACGUGGAGGUCAGAGGAAUGGCUCAAGCCCACAGUCUGCCCGUCCACAUGAGGGAGGGUCCAUGGGAAGUUGGAGGAAGGACAGAGCAUGUGAUGAAGAAGGCAGUUUGGGAAGAAGAGCUGAGGAUGUCAGGUCCUGCCAAGUGGCACAACGUAAACCUUGAAAGCUGGAACCAGUCAAGGAAAUUAGGGAGACAGAUGUCUGAGGGUGAUGGAAAGAGACUGUUUCAAGAUCUAUACCCAUUUGUUCAAGGAGAGAAUUUACUGAUUUCUCAGAACAAAAAGAAAUCCCGGUCGUUGCCUCGAGUUCUUUCCCCUGAAAGCCUGGCUUGCAUGGAAAUUCCCAUUCCUUUAAAUGAUGGCCAUUUACCAGGUGUCCCUAAAAUGCCACUAUAUCCUGCAAAUUGUGCACCAUAUGUGGAAGCCACAAGGAACCCUGAGAAGGCUGCAUUUCCCUGGCCGAAGUUCGGGAGACCUGUCAAGCCUCCUUCUUAUGGCUCUCACCAUCCGUCCAGGGGAGGGGAAAAUAGUGACUUUCAGGACAGCCAGCACACAGACCGACAAGGGUCCUAUCUGACAAAAAGUAAUGACUCCAGGCAUGAGCGUGUAGUGUCAGACUCUGGCUUGGAGCCUCCAGUUUAUGUGCCUCCACCCUCAUACAGGUCGCCCCCCCAGCACAUCCCAAACCCCUACCUGGAAGAUCCAGUGCCCAGACAUGUGAGUGGCAACCAUAGUCAGCAGCAGCACCUGACUGAGGAGGUGGAAUCAGGGUGUCCACUUCCUUCUGGCCCAGUUGGAACUGGGAACGAAUACACUGCAAGCCUACUAUCUCCUCAAGGGGCUCCCCGAUACUCCCACCCCAUCACUGCCUAUGAAGGCUCUGUUCAGUACAUCCCCUUUGAUGAUCCUCGGAUACGACACAUUAAACUAGCUCAGCCCCCAGGGUUCUGUGAAGAAACGAAGCAUGAUGACAGGCCAUAUAAUUCUUCUCCUGUCACUGCCCAAGAGUCAGCUCAUGGGAAAAUGAGACUUGAUGAUGCCCUUCGACAUCCACAGGGCCUGAUACCCACAUCAGGUGCCGAGCAGGGCCUGGCUUCUGCUGACCCCAGUCCUCGGUGGCUUUGGAGCCAGCUCCCCACAGACGGAGAAAAUGGAGUCUUCCUUGACCAAAGAGACCACUGUGUCAUGAGAGGACCACAGGCUGACAGGAGAGGUGACCAGCACGGACACCCAGGGGCCCAAGCUCCCUCCCCACACCCACAGGGCCAGAGUACCUGUGAAAGCCAAACAAAGCUCAGAAAGUUUGAAACUGGGAUUCAGACCAAGAAAAGUUCCAAGAAAAAAGUGAAUGAGACCAUAUUUUGUUUGGUUUCCAUCCCAGUUAAGUCAGAAGCACAUCUGCCAGGUAUAGAUAGGAAUAACAAUGACCUAAAACCGAGUGGUGCAAGAAAGCCUGGGCUUGAUAAGGGCAUAGCUCUGCAAGAACAAAGUCUGUUGAGCAUGUCUUCCACUGACCUGGAGCUGCAGGCUCUCACAGGAAACAUGGCAUUCCCAAAACAAGAUCUGGGGGAACCGGAGGAAGACAAGCAAACAAAUGACCUCAGAUUCACCCACCUUGCAAAACACAGAGAACUCAAGUAUUCUGGCUCGUGGCCAGGCCACCUGUAUAGGGACCAGCAAACCCAAACCAGUUUCCCUGAAGAAUCCAAAAGCCCGCAACACCUCCCGGCUGCAAAGCCAGAAGGGCCCAGGAACGUAGCACUGACCCCAAAAUGUUUAGACCCCACUGCCUCUGAAGCUCCCCUCCACCCAACAUUAGCAGACAGUGACCAAACACAGAAGCCAGAAGCUCCUAACCUCAGGGGUCAAAUGUCCCUCAGCCCAUCCAGCAAUAGCGCUUUUUCUAGGACUUCCUCAUCUAGAAAUCAGGCAUCUGUACCAAAAGCGGGCUCAGGUCAGCCCUGCCUAGAUGGGGACCACUCUCCACCCAAGCCGGCGGUGGUGAAAGGAGAGCCUACAGCUGGGCCAUGCAAUAGCAAACAACUAUUUGGUCAGUUUCUCCUGAAACCGGUUAGUCGUCGGCCCUGGGAUCUGAUAAGCCAGUUAGAAAGUUUCAACAAGGAGCUUCAAGAAGAGGAAGAAAGCCAUAAUAGUAGCAGCAGCAGCAGCAGCAGCAGCAGCAGCAGUGAGGAUAGUGAGACAGAUCAGCAGCCUGAAGACUGGGCUGACUGUAGACCAAGGCCCCGGGGCUACCAUGAAAGCAGCCAGGAAAGGAGAACCGAGCAGCAGCCAAGGGUGUCAGCGCCAGAGGACCCUGGGUUUCAGGUGGGAAGAGUUAAAAGUAAGUCUGAGAGCUGGAGUGAGGAGCCAAAGCCUUGCCAGCAUGAUGGUCCUCUGUCCCCUGGUGCCUCGCAGGUGAAAGACAGCAGAGGUGACCCCUUCCAGUGGGUAACUGAAAGUGUGAUGGCAGAGCAGCAGCAGCGGAAGCAGGAGGUUGUGAAUGGGAUGUAUGAGCUAGUGGUCAGUCCAGGUCCUGUGAAAAGAACCAUGGCCACAAAACCAGCAACUCCAUCCUCUCUGGCUGAACCAAGGGAGCCCCUGGAAAGCUGGGAAUUCACUGAACUCACAAAAGCUUUAGGCUCUGUGCCACUGAGCAGAGUGGUCCCUCUGGAGGUGGAUAGUGGUGAAGAGAUGGGCACAGUGGUCGCACUGUCGCUUACUAACAAAACCCGAGGCCUCUCAGCACCAGACCUGCGCUCUGUGGGGCUCACAACAGGACACAAGCAGAAUGUCACUGAGCUCGAGGAGGCUUUGGGAGGAAGGAAUGCAAUGGAAAUCCCCCCAAGCGAGUCCCUGCAGGCGAGGGCCGAGAGGAUCCUGGGCAUUGAGGUGGCUGUGGAGUCCCUCCUGCCGGGUGCCAAGAAAGCAGGACAGAGCCAACCACCUGAGCCUGAUGCAAAUGCCUGCAGCCCUGAGUCACUCAUGGAACAGUCACUGCCUAGCCCAGAACCAUCAGGUAUUCCCCUAGUGACCACUGAUGCCUUCUAUAGCAGGAGAAAGUGCGGCUGGACCCAAAGCCCCCUGUUUGUAGGGGAAAGGGCACCCCAGACUUCUGAGCCCUCAGAUGUGGAUAGGGUCCCUGCCAAGCAAGCUACGAGCCCUGAGCCUCAGCCCAGACCCAGAGAGGCCAGGUCCUUUGAGGAAAAGGAUGUGGGGGCAAAGCCACCCUUCAGGUCCACUUUAUUCCAUUUUAUAGAAAGGACCUCAAGUGUGGCAGGCUCAGAAAAAAGGUUCCGAAGCCCUUCCAAAGUGAUUGAGAGUUUACAAGAGAGGCUGGCAGCCCCUCCGAGGAGGGCGGACUCUGACCGCGUGAUGAGAAUGAAGGAGGUGAGCUCUGUGUCUCGGAUGAGGUGUCUGAGCUCCAGGAACACAGACUCCAAGGAGGAAGGUGAGGACCGGAAGGCUGUGAGAGGCCAGGCCUGGCCCCCAGGAGGCCCUGUGUCUCUGAGCAGUGGUGAUCCUCCCUGGAGAGUGGGACAUUCACCCUCCAUAUCCAAGGGCUUCACCUCUCGAGAAGAAAACAGGCAUCCUGCAGCACAAAGGGAGAAGAACUGGGAUCCAGAUUUCUGGUGCCCAGGUAAGCAGUUAGGGCAGAAGGCACAUGCUUGCUAUUUGUAAUCCUAAAUUCAUUUUAAAAAUAGAUU